AUGGCAGGCCGCAAAAUUCUCAUGCUGACCAACAGCGAGCGUGGCCAGGCCACUGUAUGUCUCUCCGUCGCCCACGAGUUCCUCCUCCGCGGCUACGAUGUCCAUGUCGCAUCAUUCAAUCUCCUCCGCCCCCAGGUGGAAGAGAUGAAUACUCGUGCUGCGAGCCUGUCAGAUGGGGCCGCUGGCACGGCAACCUUCCACCAAAUUCACGGCACGGCAAUGUUGGAGGUAUAUGCGCAGAGAUGGUCGGCAGAUGGACUUCCUACGCAUCCUCCUGGCUUCUACGGCGCAUUGGAGGCCUUCAGGUCAAAAUUCGCACAGAUAAUUGGGUGUUGGACUGGCCCGGAGUAUAUGCAAACGUAUGAAAGCAUAGUGGCUAUUAUCAAGGAGGUCCAGCCAGAGAUCCUCACUGUGGACCCGUUAUUUGGUCAGGCAAUUGAUGCAUGCCGGACGCUGGGCAGGGUUUUCACUGUCCUGAGUCCAAAUACUUUCCGUGAUCAUGUCUUCCAGCCACAGCUGGCCGCUCUCUGGAAGUUUCCCUUUACUGGUUCUGGCUAUCCUUUCCCUCUCCCCUGGAGUCUCUUGUUCCAGAACAUGUAUCUUGCUAUCCAGGUUGUAAAGGCAUACCGCAACUCCCCAAUCAUGAAAGAUCUAAACAGCUACCGAAACGACCGUGGUCUCCCAGGCCCUGUGCCUAUCUUUAGCGGUCUAAGGAACCCCCGCAUUCACUUCGUGCUAGCCUGCACUCCAGAAAUUGACUACCCCUGUCAUAUCACUGAGCGAUACAUCGGCUGUGGUCCUAUCUUGCGACCUUUUCGCUCUAUUGCGGUUGAGAGCCCUGAUCUGGCGGCAUGGUUAGCUAAAGCGCCCACGGUGCUGAUCAAUCUGGGCUCACAUGUCGUCUACGAUGCUGAGGGCGUGCGGCAGUGCGUCGAAGGAAUCCGAGUUCUUCUUGAUUGCCGAAGCGAUGUGCAGGUUCUCUGGAAGAUGAAGACGGAGGCUAAAUCUGACGUCGUCCUGGAUGAACUGGUUGAUGCCUCUUUUACCGAACGUGUGCGGAUCGAGAGUUGGCUAGAUGUGGAUCCGGCUUGCAUCUUGCAGAGUGGGAAUGUGAUCUGCAUGGUCCAUCAUGGCGGUGCCAAUUCCUACAACGAGGCAGUCUCAGCCGGAGUCCCUCAUAUCGUCCUGCCUGUCUGGCUUGACACGUACGAUUUCGCCAAUCGAGUCGAGUACCAUGGCAUCGGAGUCUGGGGAAGUAAGAACAGCGCACCCAAACCUGAUGGCAAGGAGCUGGGGGAAGCCUUCCGACGUGUUCUCGCCAGCGAGGAGUCAGAGAUGAUGCGCACCAAGGCGCAGGCCCUUCAGAAGACCUUACCCGCCACGCCGGGGCGCGUGUUGGCCUGCGAGAAGAUCCUCGAGCUGGCAGGUGAGGGUGCAAAGAAGACCGAGUGA